AUGGUCCACAUGGCAUCCAUCUGCCGGCAGGCGACGCCGCGUUGGACGAGGGGCAGGAGCGAUUUGACAUUGGAGGAAGAGCUGGUCGAUUUCCUUGCUGAGUGGAUCGCUGGAGCGGCCUGUGAAGUGGACGCUUGGGCACCUGGCCUCACCGAGGGCCAUCUUGGAGGCCUCAUAGAACGGUUCAGUUCGGCGAGAAAAAGCAUAGCCUGGAACGGGCAGGCCGUUUGCAGAUGCUUCUCCAAAUGCACUAGACCGGAGCUGCCGAGUACUGUGGCCCUGCCUCGUCGCAACCGCAGCUCGUUCUGGUGA